CGUCCCUACAAGUAUCCUACAGUCUGCGAUAUAGUAAGUGUUUUUCUGCCUUACAACUGGAAUGCUUGCUGUGGGGCUGCCGUUUCAACUGUACCCGCCCAAAAGGCAAACUGCCAUGUUCCGCGUUACUCGCCAUCCUCUACCGAUUUCUCGGGGGUUUUUUCGCUCUUUGUAUUUCUUUGUCGUCUGGCUAGACAGCUACAUUCCAGCCAGUUGAAACAAAUGAUCGCUUUUUUCUCUUUCCAGACGUGUGAAGACAGAAAGUUGUUCCACAUGGCGACUUAGAUCCCCUGUGAGUGGACACUCUCCCCAGUCGCUGUUGCCUCGCCAGGUGGUUCGCUACUCGAAGAGGGCAGUUAUUUGAACGACAAAAUCCGGAAGAGAAAACACGAGUUAGGGAGAAGAAGGAAUCUAGUGGGCCUCUAUGAAUGUGAGACUCCAUUCAAAAUGUGGCUGAUUGGACGCGUUGUGCCUCGGUCGUUUAAUGGCUUUCCCGCUAACGGUGGCGACAAAUAUCUCGGCGGAGCGUCUGUCGCAAUGCAGUCACCUUCCGCAUGCGGUCACCUUCGUCAAUUCCGAGUCUGUUCUUUUCCUAUCCGUUCUUCGAUACCCCGGUCGCGAAGGCAACGGCUGCAGGAAACCGCAAACUCCGUGGGGAAAACACACAGAGCAGACAGCAGGAAAGAAGGAAACCGGGAGAGGCAAUGGAUGCAGGACUCUUCAGCACCAGUGGUGAGAGAGCGACGGACAGAGACAACGGCACACGUGGUUUUUCAACGACCUCGAAGAGAUACGGAAAAGAGGAGCGAUGCGACGCAGGCCAGAGAGCGACGGCGCAGGGGAGCCCCCAAGAAGAGGGCGUAUUUCGAAAGGGGUGAGCAAGGAGAGGAACUACGUGAAAUUUCGAUGGCUUUUCGAGUUCCGGAUACGCACCAGAAAACGGCGUUGUCUCGGCAUGUCUCCGGUCUUCGUUCCCCUUGGUGGUCUUUUACAGAUCGGCUUUUCGUAGGGAAGAGAUUCUACCAGUCAGACCGUCAACGGGCUGCUGCCGAGGCUCAGCUGGAGAAGCGCGAGGCGGCUGUCUACGCGCCUCGGAGUUUUGGUCAGCUGUACGAACCGCGAAGUGCGCGCAGCAAGAAGGUGCAUAGGCAAUGGGUCAAAGAAGUCCCGUUCUACCUCCAACCGGCUGUGGCUGAGAGAAACGCUGUCAUCAAGUCUCAGCGGGCCUUGUCAGCCGAUAGUUUCCGUAGUCGAUAUUCGCAGAACGCUUCCUCUUUGACGACUCAAAACAGCGAAAUGCCGCCUCAGCUAGCCAAGAUUUUCGAACGGUCCCGUGACCAGGAAGCCUCUUCCAGAGAGGAGAUCCUCUUCACUCUUCUUCGCUUGCUGUCUUCUGUUCGGCUUCGCCAGAAGGCAGCCAAGCAGAGAAGCGAACGGGCGCGCGAGGGCCUCGCACAGGUGAGUGAAGGCGAGGAGGUCAAGGGGGAAAAUCCUGCCCGGACGGGGGAAGCUGUGGCAAUUCCUGGGCUCGACAAAGAGAACCUCAGUGCCCUGGAUCAGCGAAUCAUGGAGUAUAUCGACUCUUGGACCGUCUCUGACAUCGGCUUGCUGCUGGUCACUCGCCGAGAACUCCGAGAUUGCUUGUCUCGCUCGAGGACCCGUGGAAGGGAUCAUUCUACAGAUUUCGACGAAGGUGAUGAAAAGCUCACACGCGCUCUUUUGCGCCGACUUGUUUUCCAACGCGGUCAGCCGUUUUCUCAGUACGCCAGUCUCUACGCUCUGCAGGCACUUCUCCACCUUUCGCAAAGUCGGCAGUUGCGCAGUACGCACGCGGCUCUGAAGACACGCAGGGGAGAAGGUGCAGGUGUGGCUGCAAGCGACGGCUUCGGUGGGAGAGAAGAAGGCAAGGAAGAAGGGCACCCGGCGACGGAGGGUCUUGGUAAAACCGCUGGAGUCCGUGGACGAGGCCAGGACCAGAAUCGCCUACGAGACGUCGACGCUUUCGAGGAUGCAGAUAUGGUAAACAUGAUUGUCAAAAGGGUGGGGCGUAAUAUGGCUAGCUGUGACCUCGAGAUCCUCGCGCGAAUAGUGAAUGUCCUCUCUUCUCUCCCGCUGCCUCCGAAAGAGAUCACUCGCAAGAGUCGGCAAGAAGGCGAAGAUUCUCAGCAUUCUUCACCACCCUGGAGCUCACCUGCCGAGUCCCAGGACGGCACGACUGUUCAACCAGCAGCAGAACAGGAGGAAGAUCCUGCAUGCGCCAUGUCCACAGUCAAGAGAAAGAUGAAGGAUCCCGACAAAGAAGGCAACCCGUUUGUGAACGGCGUGGCAAGCGUUGAUAAGAAAAUGGAUCCGGAAGCAGAGAGAAGCGCGCGGCCUACUACACUUGCGACGUUGUGCAAUUCAUACCAGCGUGUGGCUCCAGCGGGCUCAGAAGGCAGUGAAAGAAAUGGGCAUCCUGGCGCGGGAGAGCGCGGGAAUCUGGAGACUGUGAGUGGGAUCAACACAGAGAAGACGCAAGCAUCUUAUCUCGCCGAUCGGAAUGGUUUCCUUUAUGCGGUGGCAACUCACAUUUUCACCACUGCGUUCACGGAUUCCGAACAGCGUUCUGCCUCUGAACUGGCGAAUACCUUCGCUUCUGCCCUACCCUCGUCACCAUGCCCGGCUGCCGAUCCACCUUCGCCCGCUCAAAACUCGAAGGGCACCUGUUCGACUCCUGCCGCGUCCGCGUCUGCUGCGAGUCGUCAAAAGGCUCUAUCAUCUCUCACCAUGCCUCUAUGGGCCUCUCCGUCAAGCCGCGGGAGUCGCGCGGCGCCAGGGGAUCGGUCCUGGACCUACAGCCGCCUAUGCAUUCUCCUGGCGGGCCUGUCUCGAACAGGAGUGAUUUAUCCGCCGUUGUUCUACGCACUGAAGCCCAUGGUCGUGGCGCUUCGCCUCCAGUUUCCCCCACCCAUGCUGGCGGCUCUGCUCGUUUCCUACGCCCAUCUUGGGCCUGCAGACGAGACCGGUUUCGUUGACCUCUUUGGUACCUUAGGCCGGGAAUUAGUCAAAGGCGUUAGAGGAAUGGACGUCGCCGUCGUGGGCGUUGCAGCGAACGCCUUCGCAAAUGCUGGUGUCCUCCACCAGGAAUGGUUCGCAGUCGUGGCCGAGACGUUCCCAUCUCGCAUGCCACUUUGCUCGCCCCGUCUUCUCGGCAUGAUUGCGAAUGCUUACGUGAGGCUAGGCCUCGUCGACGACCCUCUCCUGCCUUCUCUGUUCCACUGUGCGCGCCAGCGUCUUCCAGAGUGUGACUGGCAUACGCUUGCUCUUCUGUUUCAAGCGUCGACAAAGAUCGGUUCUACCUACAGCGGCUUCAGUCGCGAGGCUGCCGACAGUGUCUGUCACGCUCUAGAACAAGAAGCACCGCGACACCCGGUCAAAUCUGAAGCACGAAAAUUUCUACUUUCCUUCAAGAACAAUCCCUCCAAAUGCGCUCCGUCUGUAUUCCCGUCUCGGUCCAAGCUUUCCUCUUCUUCUGAGUCGAUAGGGAAUGAGCUUGAGGUGAAUGUAACCAGGAAUGAAGAACAUUCGUUGGUGCGUCAGAGGUGUGAUAACGUAGGUGGACCUUCGAGUGACUUGUCUGCCAUGGAGUUAAGUGACCGACAGUUUUCCAUUCGCGGCGAACUGGCUUCCACGUCAGCUUUCAUCCUUUGUUACGCUCUGGCGAAGGCAAAAGGUCUUCUCAGCUCCACGCCUUCUCUAAGGAAAGGUGCAUCUGGGAGGGAAGGCGAGAUACAGCAAUGCGAGAAGGAGGAAAUCUGGCAACUGCUGCUUGCCACAGAACUCACGCAAGUUGUGACACGCUUCGUCCCCAGCUGCAGAUCCUUCGCAGAAGUAGCCAAUACGUCUAGCGCGGUCGCCAGGUUCAUAGAACUGAGAGAGGAAAUGCUUUCAAGAGAGGGCAGAGAGCAGGACAGCCUUCAACGCGAGACGAAAGUGUGUGGCGAGAUGGUUGGAAACGACGAGAAGAACAACACCUCGAACGAGGCAUGGAAGAGUUCGACAGUCGCGUGUGCGGCUGACACACCGCGGGACAGAGCAGAAGGCUGUGCGGACCCUUCCGUCAUUCGAAAGAAGUUGACCAACUACCUGAUCUCUGCGUGUGAGGCAUAUUUUCAAGCCGUUGAGGACCACCUGAGUUCCUUCCGAACACUUAAAAAUGCCAGUCUUGGGCCACCCGAGCUCCAUAAGCUUAUCUGUGCGUUCCACGCUCUUCAUCGGGCGAAAGGAGUGUCGCGUGCCACGCCCCGAAGGAUGGUGGUUCUCGAGAGAAUGAUGUGCGACAACUCGGAUCUCUUCCAUGAAAUGACCCUGCUACCUCUACGACAAAUGGCUGCAGCAGUGAGCUACCUUGGCAUGGAUAAUGAUGAUAUAAUACAAACGUUUGUGAUGCUUCAGCAAAAGCGCAAAAAGAAGAAGGUAGCUGGUGUUCUUGCGGCUCCAGCACUGUCGGGCUGAGCAGGAAUACAUUUCCUGCACUGGAAAAACUUGGGGGAUAUCCGAAGGAACCUUCAGCUGCGGCGCCAUCCAGCUAAGCAGUUCGUGCCCUUGGAGCAUCUGUGAAUCCUUUGUCUUCACCACAAAUCGGC